CUCAAGUCUCAGUUUGCACAACCCAGUCUCGGACGUCAGACAAGUGGUAGCCUACGAGUCAACUUUUUAUAGUCAGACUUGUACUAAUUCCUGACAGAACUUUUUGCACUCAGGAAAUGGCUCAAUUCACGACAAAAACCGUUACUUAUCCGCUAGCAAAAUAUUCGCGGUCAUAUCCUACGAGCUUAUCAUCCACUCAGAACCCUGUUUCAGAUGCAGAAUGGCAACAUUUCGUCCACCCCGUUAUUAACCUCUACUUGGACGCGAAGACUUCUUCUGCGGGAAAGCUUGUCUCUGUUCGACUUCGAAUUAUAUGGAACUUCGAUAGCAGCACUGAUAGCACGGAGGUCGAUCAAAGAGAGAUUACCCUCGAGGAUCUUGAUUUACUCUCCUUUUCGUCGAUCUCAAACUCGAGGACGAAUUCUGGGCAACCUGACCAUGGUCUUCCUCUCAGAGCUGCCUAUCGGGAUACUAUCGUUGGCAUUCGGUAUUUGCACCCGAGAAUAGCAGACUCGACUUGUCAACCAGUAUAUCGACGCUUUCAGAUCACAUUUACCACUGCAACGAGUGCAGCUCAGUUUAUUGAUGCUAUCCGACCUGUUUGUCCUUGUAGAUUGAAUCCACAACCGCAGCCUCUGGUCACUCGCGUCCCUCCUGUAGCUACCCCAGGCCUUAUUGACGACAUUCCCCAUCGAGGUACACUCACAUCUGUUUCACAAGCUCUUCCAUCAAUGGGCGGAACUCCAUUCAGACUUGCGCCGACUACACUUCUUUCAGAAAAUCCAUCGUCCGAAUCCAAUUUACCGGCAUUCGCAUCAUCGACGCCAGUUAGGUUUACUCCUGUGGCUUUGAGCAGCAGUUCUAUGAAAACGACAUCCGUGGCUGCACCAUCUCACGACGGCACCUUCGUUACACCUCCAGAAACACCUCCGAUAGCCAUCCCAAAGACCAGUCAAUGCCAAGCAUCGUCUGGUUCCAUCCACUCUACCAAAGGUUCUGUACCUGAUUCUUCCCAACCAUCCUCGUCUACUCUCAGUAGUUCGAACACGAUGCCCCCGCCUCCACUUCCCUCGAGCGUCACACGAGCUCUUCAAUCGGAAAGUCGACCAUCAGAAGUUCGUAAUUCAACUCGAGCCCAGCUUGUUGCAUCACUGCAUGAUACUCCGGCCCUUCACAAGUUAUCCCAUACAGAGCUAGAAUCUAUCGUAGCACAAGUCAUCAGAGAGGAAGGUUUUGCUCAACUGCUUGCUUCCUUGGACACCAUGUGGAGAGUGAAGGGCUUGUUUGGUCAAUAAUGCCCGACAGUCUUGAACGCUACCCAUUUCUUGUUAUCCUUCGAAAUGUUGCCUUUGUACUCAAUGGGGCGUGUCGUACGGUCGAAAUCACAAGUUUCGAGCUGCUCCGGUGACGUGCCAUUCGACAGAGUCGGAAGCCGAUUUAUACAGUUAGCGUAUCGCACGGAUGACAACGAAAAGGUUUUAUAUUACUCAGGGUGAGCUUGGUCCGAAUCUCUACCUCAACUACACCUCUAU